CUAAACAUCUCGCCCACUUAGAAAUUUUUGAAAAUAUAAAAUUCAAUCGAGUUUUACUGCAAAUCGCUUAGAUACCUAAACAAAAACCUUUCUCAUUACCCUUACCCCCAUCAUCGUAAAUUAGAAUACCAUUGGCAAAGCGCACUCAACACCACGAGUCCAAAAAAAAGUCAAGGCAAUAUCGGUCAUUACAAUCACAACUGCCAACAGCACCAAGAACCACAUCUUGACCUUCACUAUCACCGUCCUACAUCGGCCAACACUUACACGAACACCAUCCAAAAAGAAAAUCUUACAUUGCUAUCGCUACUGUUCUAGAUAGAAAUAGUUAUCCAAACAGCACCUACGUCUGUCUAUAAGCGCUGCCACAAUGUCCAAACCACCCACAGACACAUCGGGUCUGGGUUAUUCAUAUCAUCUGCCAUCUGGUGGUUUACUCUUACGUCUCAAGAAUUCCCUCUCACAAUUUAGCGAUUUAUUCAGUGAGUUCAACAGAUAUAUUGCACCGGCCUACCAUCAUGACCGGUGCGAACGUUCGGUGCAUAUGCGCCUCUAUUCGAUGCAGAAACGUGAAUUCGUUAUGGUAUUUUUGGGAUUUCUCAUCUGUUUCGGUUUGGCCAUUGUAAUUGGUCUCACCGGACCUCCUAUUACUAGCACAUCAGAGAUCACAACCAAGAGUAUAUUGGCGAAUACUUCGCUUGCUAACAGUAAUACAGUGCUAGCUACUGGGCCAUUUGCGAUGAAGUCACCACUGAUGACCACAUACUCUCAACAACUGUGGCUGAUUGCCAAAUUGGUAACAGACAACAAUGAUGAUGAAAAGUAUGAUAAAAGUUUUCAAGUGAGCGUCGCCAUAGAUGGAAUUACCGAACAACAUAAACCACUGAGUAUUCUAAUCGCAGAUUUGGUGCGUAAUCGUACGCGUCACUUAUCUUGCAUACGGAACGAUUGUGAGGAGUUUACAAUUCUGCAUUUGGGUUUUCUAGAAUAUGCACACUAUAUCAUCACUGUACGCUUCUAUGGGUUGGGGACAUUCCACCAGAAGUACAAUAUACGGAGUAUAACCUUUUAC